GAAUAGAAGCUGUUGCCUUAGGUCAUAAGCAGCCUGGCCUCUCUGUCAACUAGAUAGAGCUCACAACAUAAUAUUUCAUCCAUCGGACACAGCAAACAAACAACCCGCAAGACCGCAAAGGCUUUUGACCAACCUUGGUAACGACAUCGGCGGUAUCUCUACCUUACAAGCACACCUACGCGGCAGUAUACUGAUUGAGGUCUGCAAGCGGAGCGCGGCCAGCAAAAUGGAGUGUCAUUUCCAACUGGAUGACCAACGCCAGGAGCAACCAUCCCAGGAGUCAACCAUCAUCGACAACCAGGCACAAGCAAAAGAGAAAGAGACGGCGGCUGCUACUGUACCCACGGAUAUGUCGAUCAAGACGAGCAAUACAACAGAAUGGGGUUUCUCCAAACUUCCCUGGGAGAUCCGUGAACAGAUAUGGCUUGAGUUGGUUGACAGUCUUGAUCCACGCACCUUGACCAUCACCAGAAUUGAUUCGCGAUGCAGAGAUUGGGAAAAGCCAGAAUUAAGCGCGGUCCUGCAAAUCCCGUUCCUUCUGUACAGGCUCAAGGAAUGAUGGCACUAUUCAAGAAGCUCAAGAUUGAGUAUCAGAGGCUGUGAAGGUGAAGGUGAAUGUGAGGCCAUUCCAGGACAUCAGAAUUGCAGGAGAGACCAUAAUCUCACAGACCAUGAGGGGAGUACGAGUACUAGUAGAUUUUGAGGGUGGUGAGGGGAGCAUGGCCGGGGAUGAGUGCAUACGCGUGCCAAGCUUUCUGGAUCUAUUUACCCAGAGUUUCGCCGUUAGCUAGCUUCUUGCGGUAGAAGUACGGAGUAGUACUCAAGCACUUAUUGACAACACCUCAAUGAACAUACAAUAGACAAUGGCAAUUUUUCCUUUCAAUUGUUCCCAUGCAUUUUCGCCGUGAAUUGUUCCACCUUUCUUUCCAGAUGUACUCGUCACAUAAAAUUCCACUCCCUCCAUCCCAUCACCCAUCGCAGAUCACUGAACAACUUCAUCACAACCCAUCUCAAGCCUCCAAUCCCCACCACCAACAUGGCUAUCGUCGAUGAAUUUCUCAAAUCCAUAUCUUCCUUCCUCCGCUCCAAGGACGCAAAUCAAUUACAACUGUACUUUCGAGUCGAACCUCCUUUGCCCGACCAUUUCGCUCAACUCAGCCAAGAAUUAAAGACCUCGUACCGCGACAGCAGUCUGCUCGAGAAGCAAAUCGAGAGGCUCAUUCCCGAGAAUGACAAUGGCGGCCCAGAUGAAGGCGAUGUCUGGCCUGGGUUUCUGGCCUUCAUGAAGGAAUACCUUGAGUUUUGGAGAGAUGUCGACUUUGGGGACUUGCUGGAAACGCAUUCGCAACUCACCUCCGUUGUCAAGUAGGUAAUCUCGGCCGACGUUCGCGACAACAAAUUAACGGUGUAUUGCAGCGCCUGCAUUACUUCUCUUUCGAAUCCCUCCUACGGCAUAAUCGUCUUGCCUACGGUUAUGCAAUUGUCCUCGAAUUUGGCAAAGUUGGCCAUGAUGCUGGAUAAGAGACCGGAUCUGACACGGAAGCUUCGCAAAAUGGCAGAUUCGGACCAAGGAGAGGGAAGAAAGACACUGGUAGAAGGGACUGCCGAGUGUAUACAAAGAGCCUUCACAAUGUGCCUUACGGAAAGAAGUUCCAACAGAAAUGGAGUGGGGCGCGACGGAAGACCCGAGGGGAAGAAGAUUGGGAUAUACUCCUUUGCAAAUAUGGUCCUAAAGCUUUUAUUCCAGGUAAGAUGAAUUUCUCUUGAUGAAUUGCGGCCAAAGGUUUCUAAUUAGCAUUGUAGUGCCGGAAAACUCGUCUAGCGAAUCAACUGUUCACGAAUAUAACACAACACUCCCCUCCUCUUGGACUUUAUCCAGCAAGUCAACGCGUAACCUACCUAUACUACCUCGGCCGCUUUUUGUUCUCGAACAAUCACUUCUAUCGCGCACAACUAACCCUACAAUCGGCAUAUGAUCAAUGCCAUGCUCAAUGUACAAACCAGAGACGGAAUAUCCUGAUAUACUUGAUGGCCACCAAUAUGAUAUUGGGCCGAUUUCCUUCCCAUGCGUUCAUGGCACGGCCAGAAUCAGCAGAUUUGUUGCCCAAAUUCGUGCCAAUCUCACAGGCAAUUCGAAAAGGAGAUAUUGUUGCAUUUAAACGUGCCUUAGGACCAGAAUCUGGCAAUCAAGAGUGGUUCUUUAACAAAGGAAUACUACUACCAAUACUCUCGCGUUGUGAGAUAUUGGUGUGGCGAUCACUUGCCCGCAGGAUUUUCUUACUCACAUAUCAAUUUCCUACUGAUCCAAAUUCCCGCAAAGCACCUACACUCGACAUUAUUGAUUUGGUUGCCGCAGCCCAUUACUGUCAGAAGAUCCUAGAAGGAUGGGAGAGACCUGUGGACAAUUUAUCACUGAUGCAGUCUGGUCGUACGCAUACAAAUACGAUGUUCAUGAAUAGUCCAGAUUUGGUUGCCCCGAAAACGGGUCGCAAAAGGUUGAGGGCGCAGGAGGGAACAAUCUUUGGAAACAAAAUGCCAGACAUAAUCGAGAUCGAGUCGAUCUUGGCGAGUCUCGUACAGCAAAGCCUUUUGCGUGGGUUUAUCAGUCACAAUCAAGGAAAGUUCGCCAUCUUGGGGGCCAAGCAAAGAGGAGGGCCCUUGAAAGCAGGAUUUCCUGAUGUGUGGGAAGUACUAAAAGCCCGGGCGGAAAGAGAGGGAACAUCUAUCGAGGUGCCUGGAUGGGUUCAACAAGAACGUAAGGGAAUGGGAGGUGGUGUCGUUGAUCUUAGUGGUAUAGCAAGACCUGUAGGAAGCGGAUGAGAGGAAAUCUAUUGUCAAAUACCAAUUCGAAUAACGGAGAAUCUUGGAUAUAUAUACCCAGACAUCACCGAAUCCUUAAACAAUUCCAUCACUUAGUCGAGGGCGGGAUAGCGUGAGAGCAAGAAACGCCCCUCCAUUUCUCUGGCAAUCAGAGGAAGAUACGACAACACCAAGUGGGAACGGCGGAGCUGAGAUCUUUCGUUGUAUAAGGGAAAGCCCUCAUUUUUGUAUAUAAUGUUCUUCAUUCAGCACAUCAAUGGUCCACUUUUUUGCUCGGGGCUCCGGAUAAACGAGGCUUGACUGGUAUUCUUUUCUGGAAUAUAGUUCACGUACUUUGUCUAGUUCCUCUGGUUUCAUGCGUCUCCAGCUG